AUGUCCAACUACGAUUUUUACAAGGAACCCGAGUUCGACACUCUCCAAUUGCAUGCGGGUCAGACCCCGGACCCUGCAACAAAUGCUCGCGCGGUUCCCAUUUACGCGUCGACGAGUUUCGUGUUCAAUGACUCGCAGCAUGGCGCUGAUCUCUUUGGCUUGAGGGCUCUCGGCAACAUCUAUAGCCGUAUUGGCAACCCUACCCAAGAUGUCUUCGAGAAGCGGAUCGCAGCACUGGAAGGUGGAGCUGCCGCUGUCGCCGCCGCCAGUGGCCAGGCUGCCCAGUUCAUGGCCAUUUCUACCAUCGCGAAUGCUGGAGAUAACAUUGUUAGCACCUCAUAUCUAUAUGGUGGAACAUACAAUCAAUUUAAGGUCCUUCUGAAGAAGUAUGGAAUUACGGUCAAGUUUGUCAAGGAUGACUCUCCAGAGGCAUUUGCUGCAGCCAUCGACGAGAACACCAAGGCGAUCUAUGUCGAGAGUAUCGGAAACCCCAAGUAUAAUAUCGCCCCCCUCCCGGAGCUCGCAAAGGUUGCCCACGAUCACAACUGCCGCUCAUUGUCGACAACACUUUUGGCGCCGGAGGAUACUAUGUCAAGCCAAUCGAGCAUGGCGCGGAUAUUUGCAACAAAAUGGAUUGGAGGCCAUGGUACUACAAUUGCCGGCGUCAUCGUUGAUGCAGGUAAAUUCGAUUGGGCCGCAUCUGGUCGUUUCCCAAGCUUUACCGAGCCAAGUGAGGGGUACCAUGGUCUCAAGUUUAGUGAAACAUUCGGUCCCCUCGCGUUUGCCGUCAAGUUACGCGUGGAAAUCCUUCGUGACCUCGGCGCGUCUCUCAAUCCUUUCGGGGCGUUCUUGCUGCUCCAAGGUCUCGAGACUCUGAGUUUGCGAGCUCAGAGGCAUGCCGAUAACGCUCUCGCCCUUGCACAAUGGCUCGAGCAACACCCGGCCGUAUCAUGGGUUUCUUAUCCCGGCCUCCCCAGUCAUCCUAGUCAUGCAAAUGCCAAGAGGUUACUUCGCCCGAACACCUACGGAGGUGUGCUAAGCUUUGGCGUCAAGGGUGAUGCAAACAUCGGAAGCGCUGUUGUCGACAAGCUCAAGCUCGCCAGCAAUCUUGCCAAUGUGGGCGAUGCAAAGACGUUGCAACUCACGGCCGAGGAGCAGUUCGCAUCGGGUGUAACUCCCGACCUCAUCCGGGUGUCUGUCGGAACCGAGGAUAUCUCGGAUAUCAUCGCUGACUUUAGCCAUGCAUUCGCGAUUGCGGUCCCAGAGCCCGCCAGGGCUCAAGAGAAGAAUCCUGCUGGCGCAACACACCAUGCACAGCUGUGA